AUGGAGCCGCCGCCGGAGGCAUCCACCCCUCGCCGGCUCGCCGUCGCCGACCUCCUCCGCCUCCGCCGCCCCACCACUGGUGCAUCUUCCCUCCUUUCCCCCUCUCCCUCUCAUUCCUCCGCCGCCUCCACCUCACAGCCCCGCAAAAAGCCUAAGCUCUCCGCCACGAAUCCUGCCCCUACCACCGCCCCCUUCGCGCCAAUCCCACAUCCCGUCCUCCUCGCCGGCACCCUCUCCCUCCCUUCCGCCGACGCCUGCCGCAACCACUGCCUAUCCCUCACCGACCCCUCAUCCGCCGCCUCUGUCUGCUGCUACCUCCUCGAUUUCGACCCCGCCGUCAUCGGUCGCGAGAUUCUCGUUCUCGCCUGGAACUACCUUCCCUCCGUCCGCCAACACGAAGCCGGCGUGCUCGAGGCAGUCCGAUGGCGCCUGGCAGAGGCGCCCGGUCCUGUCCCUGUCCCCGGCCUUAGCUUCCUUGCAGCGAUCCCGCUUAAUUCCGUGGACGCUGAGCCUGCUUUACCCACCCGCGGCCGCGUUUUUGGGAUGGUGAGGUCGGUGAGCGUGGUGUUCAGUGUCCCGCAUGCCACACAGAAGAGUGACUUGGUCGGGUUUAUAGCGGAGAUGAUGUGCUGUGGGUGCCGCCAGUGCAAGCUCUCACAGCCAGAAUCUGACCGCGGUCACAAGUUUGAGAUGGAGAAGUUUGUAUACUUUGUGGAUCUGGCAAGCAGGUGGCGGCCCGUGCUGGCGCGACUGAUUGGCAGGCCGGUUUCUGUCACGGGGCUGAAGAAAAAAAUGGUCUCCGUUGGGAAGAAGGGCUCGUACACCAUGUUGGUGUCAUCAACGGCAACAAUGGUGUCAUGGUGCCCAUCUUAUGUGGGCGUUCCACCAUUGGAUGAGUUGCCAGGGAAGUGCAGUGGAGUGUACACUGGGGUAGUCUCUGGAAUCCACAUGCAGGGUAUGUUGGUUGAGCUGGAUGAGAUCGUGUGGCUGCUAAUUGAUGAUAAGCGGCUCGUGCCGUCACAUUCUCUUCGAGUUGGUGCUGUUAUUUCUGUGAAGAAAUUCCGAGUGGUUCGUCUAAAUUUUGCUUGGACGACAGUUGUUCUACUUGGAACAUGCAGUAAAACUAGCAUUACUAUAAAUGCUUUCUCUGUGGUGGACUCGAAAUGUCAUACAAGAGCAGAGAAUAAUGGUCUUCUGGGCAAGUCUGUUAACUUUUUGGAGCUGCCCGGUAAAUUUUGGAUGUUACUUCUGACAUCAUGCUUUAAACAGAAAUUCAAAUUAGAUUCCAAGAAAGAGAUCUGGGGGUCAAAAAAUAAGCAAGGAUUGGUUCACACCUAUGCUGCUAAAGUUCCCUCUUCAAAGGGUUUUGAACCUCAGCAUGAUUUCCUUAUGAAAUUCUGCAAUCAUGAUUGUGGCGGUUCAAGCACAGGAUCAAAAUUGGAAGCUUGUAAAUUGGCAAUACCCUUCGCCAAUUUUAUCUGCAAGGUGGAAUCAUUGUGGAUAUCAAUGAUGCUCAGAUUUUGGAAUGACACGGAAGAGCUGGGCAAGAACCUGGGAUCUAACCAGUUUCUAUGUGGUGGGGUUUCCCAUCCUGGUACCAGCAGAAGGAUAAUUUCAACUGGUGAUCUGGGCCUUGUAUUAGUGGGAUGCAUGAAGAUGUCCUCACUGCCAUUGAGGCUGCAGCUGGUUGAUGACACAGGAUGUAUAGAUGUUAUUAUACCUGAUCUUCCGCCAAAUGUUUGCAUGAAUGGCAUCUAUGAGAUAAAUGAUUGCAAAUUAGUCCUUGAAGGCCCAGUGGCAUACCUAGAUCAUUAUGGUGUUGCUGAUCCACUAUCCUGUAAGGCUGUGUUUCAGCAGCUCUCGUACCGAAAAAGAGUGCAUCAUCUCAAGAUCUACCUUAUAGUCCACUGGAGUGAAUUAAACCACAUUGGCCCUCCCUCCCGAAUUCCUUUGCAAACUAAUAACGCCGCCAGGCUGUUCCACCUUGUGAAAGUGUCGCACAUUUUCCCCUCAGUCAAUAAUUUUCAGCAUAAGAACAUGCCAGGGUCUGGCCUGUAUGCUGAGGGUGUGAUAGUGCCAUACAAUUUAAAAUUUGCUGAUCAAGAUGCCGAGAGCUUUAAAAUGGCAAGCACUCGUUCACGUUCUGAUUCGAAACUGUCUAUGGAGAAACCAUGUCACAUUCCAUGCUCCCUAAGCUUCGGAACUACCAGUCUUUCUGGCAAUCUUGUGUCUAGCUAUCCCUGUGGGUCAGAUGGUACUGUUCUAAUCGAUACCGUUGGUGAAGAACGAGGUUGCCCAUCAAGGAUCUUAUUGGAGUUCAAGGAGGGGUGUUCGUUUAAGUACCAGUUUCUGCGGAUUGGUGGCUACUAUCUUCUCGAAUGCCCCACUGAUAGUUUGAGGUUUGCCAUAAAAGGCUGUGGAUGUUUUCAAGGUGGUAAAGUUUCACUGGAUUCUCAAGAUAUAAUUUGGAGCCUUGCCAUUACCUUUAAUGGCAAUAUAAACGUCAAGCAGGGUAUUGUAGAUCAGUCUAUCGGAGUUUCUUCAUUGGGAGUGGAUGAGCCAUUAUCCAAAAAUACCUUCCACAAUGAGAUAAAAUUACUACAGUCGUGGAAUGACUUUUGUCAAUAUUCGGAUUUUCAUUUGAAUUUUUAUUGUGAAGCAGUGAGCGAAAAGAUGAAAGUAUAUGACAUCAUGUGUUAUGUAUUGAAUGGAUUGGGCUCUUACUCAAUUGAAGUUAUUAGUGUCUCUUCAUGCAUCGAGAUUAUGAUGCAUAAAAAGUCUUUUGGUUCUUCUAAUUUGCAAAGUCAAAAACUUGUUCAAGGAGAUUUAAUAUCAUUUCAUGGGAAAGUAGAAAAUAUCCAUUCACAUGACUUUAAGGAGCGAAGACUUGUGCCUGGUAACGACAAGCGAAGUAUAUGUAUCCAUGUUGCUGAUGAUAAUCAAACGGUGCGUCUCUCUGGAUACUUAAGCAAACAUUGUUAUCCCAUUGGCAUAGGACCAGGGGCAGCAGUGACAUUCCACCGCGUCCUCUUGACACACCGUGAAAUACUUUUAACCCCAGUAACAUACAUUGAAGUUACAUCCAUUGGUCAUAUUGAAGUGAAUAGAGAACGUGCCACUUCCCCACUCAUGCCUGGUGGCUUAAAGGAUGGCUCACUGAGCACAGUUUCACUUUGUCUGCUCUCACAUCAGAAGCAUUUUAAAGACUGUACGCCCAUGCGAUUCCACUGCAGGGUAGUUAGUGUCCAUUUCUUGGUGUUGGACAGUUGUUUAAAUGAUUCUCAAAUUUCGGAAUCAGUUAACCAGGGUAAAAUACCAAAAGUACAAGUUCCACUAGCGGGGUUUAUUGUUGAUAAUGGAACAUCUUUGUGCUGUUGCUGGGCCGAUGAUGCAAGGGCUGAACUUUUGCUUAGGCUGCAGGAAAUUGCCAUUCUAGAUGCUUCUGUUAAUUUGAAGUGUUCAAAAGAUAGAAACAAUGCAAAAAUACAACGGACUCUCGGUUCUUGCCUAGAAAAAAUGAUGAAGAAGCACAAAAAAGUCAUUGUGAAAAACUAUGGAAUUCCUCCCGACAUAUCUUGUCGAGACUUGGAAUUAUUAUCUGAUGUUGGUAGUGUCUUAAGUAGCCUGGAAGAGGAACUUUUGAAAUUUAUCGUCCUCAAUGCCUGUCGGAAUGGAACUAUGAAUGUUAUCGCAUCAGCCCUUGAAGAGAAUGCAAUAAAUGGAUCAAAUGUCGAGCUUCCUGAUGUAUAUCCGGCGCACAACAUGCAGAAUUUCUGGGUUAAUGAAAUAGUUCAAGUGGAUCCUUUGGAAGAGGCCCGGAGACUGUAUGCCAGUUUGGAAAACAGAUGA